AUGGUGAUUGAUGUAAUCGUUUCAGGGAAGGAUGCAUUCGUUUUACUGGAAUCGAUCAGGACUUGCCAAUUUUUCGUAGGAGGUUACUUCCUUUGCUCCACUAACGGCAAGGAAAGUUGUUUAACCUCUGCGGCUGAUUCAAAAGAAGUUCUUUCUACCGAAACGGGAUCCCCUUUGUCGAGUGCUAACGAGGAAGGCGAUCGAUCAUACACAGAAAAGUUAGACUCUGUUCAUGCUGAAACCGAUAGCGUUGAGCUUUCGGAUCACGAAGAACUUAAGUGUAUGGCGAAUUCCGUCGUCAAGGAAGAGGUUCCUGGAAAGCCAACCUCAAACUCUAUUCUUGCGUCAGCUGUCGAAGCUAGUGAUGGUAAGUUACUCUCAGAGUCUUUUUUACUUUCACGUCAUGAUUCUAAUGAAUUGGGGCAUCGGUAA